AUGGCUCCUCCUAUUAGCUCAAACGACUUGCUCAGGAUCUUCAACAGGCUCGACAAGAACGGGGAUGGCCUCAUUUGCGUGCAGGAGCUCAAGUGGCUCCUAGACACCAUUGGCAUCCAAUUGACCAUGGAGGAGUUGGAGUCGUUUCUCGAGAAACCGAGCCUCGACUUCGAUGAGUUCUUGAUCUUUUAUGAGUCGAUGUCGAAGCAAAAUAAAGGCGAGUGCAAGGGUGGGUUGGUUGAUGAGCAUGAAGAUGAAGAUGAAGAUGUGGAGAUUGUAUAUAUGGCUUUUAAAGUGUUUGAUGUGAAUGGUGAUGGCUUCAUUUCUUGCGAGGAGCUCGAAAACGUGCUAUCGAGGCUUGAGCUUUGGGAUGCAAAUAGAAGCGAGGUUGAUUGUAGAAGCAUGAUCCGAGCUUAUGACACCAAUUUGGAUGGGAAGCUGGAUUUUGAAGAAUUUAUGAAUAUGAUGUUGUUCACAAAUUAA